UUCCUAAAUCUACAUAGCCCUGAAGAAAUGAGACUUCUCAACUGCUCAACCCUACAAUUCGAAGACGUCACCAGCGCAAACCAGCAAACCUACAGCAUCCUAUCCCACACAUGGCACAAAAACGAAGUACUCUACGGCCCCCUCAGCGACUACAAAGACCCAAAAUACGAAGAAGGAAUGAAAAAGAUCCUAGGAGCUUGCAAGAUAGCCCUCCGCGACCAAUUCAAGCACAUCUGGAUAGACACGUGCUGCAUCGACAAAAAAAGUAGCGCAGAGCUCUCCGAAGCCAUAAACUCAAUGUACACCUGGUACUCAAAAGCUAAACGAUGCUAUGUGUACCUUAAAGACUUUGACAGUAAAGACCCUGAUGCCGAUCUUAGCAAGUGUCUGUGGUUUACUAGAGGCUGGACGUUGCAGGAGUUGAUUGCGCCGUCAGACAUGCAUUUCUACGAUAAGAAAUGGCGGUAUUUUGGUUCAAAGUUGGAACUUUAUGCGGCGUUGGAGGCGAUUACGGGGAUUGAGAGGGCGAUACUGAGGGCUGAGGGACCGUUGCAUCUAGUCUCGGUUGCGAAAAGGAUGUCUUGGGCUUCGCAGCGGCAGACGACGAGGGAGGAGGACAUGGCGUAUUGUCUGAUUGGGAUCUUCGGUAUCAAUAUGCCGCUGCUCUACGGAGAGGGAGGCGUGAGAGCGUUUAUGAGACUGCAAGAGGAAUUGAUCAAGGAAAGUAAUGAUUUGACUGUAUUUGCGUGGCAAGCGAAAGCGGAAGACUCGGGGCCUAUGCCCUAUCGUGGAGCGCUGGCUUGGUCACCGCAGGAGUUCAAAGAUGCUGGAUCGAUUGUUUCUGUGGCAAAUCCGAAGACGAAUCCCGAAUUUGCUAUUACGAAUAAGGGUGUUCGGAUACAGACGCAGCUGAGUUUUGAUAACAAGGGAAUGAUAUUUAUGCCUCUCAACUGUCAUCGGGGGGAGAGAGUCAAUCACACAAUCGGGAUAUAUCUUGUUAGUAUUGGUGGAGGCGUGUUUACCAGAGAGGUACCGGAUCGACUUGGAUUGCAGGAUACGCGGAACACGUCAAAUUCGGAGUUGAUUUACAUCACUAAAGACGUGAGAGACGCACGUUAUAUAUAA